AUGUCCUCUAUUGACCCUGUCGCUGCCUCCCUGAACGCUCCAAUCCACCAAGAGAUGCUGCUCUUUCAAGCUAUGUCGGCCUAUGACGCUACCACUAUAGACGAUCCAACUUUAUAUCGAGAGAUCAUGCUUGAAGAGGUUUUGCUCUGCGAGCCUGCUGUCCCGGACACUCCAAUAAGACAAGAUCAUGUUGUCUAUUCGGCAUUGAGGAGUCCUCCACAUACCCAGGACAAUAGGACGUCUGAAACUAUUAGCAUGGUCAACGGUAGUGGAAGCAAGUCUAGGUCUCUGGGAGAUGCUUCUGGAAGCAAUAUCGCGAACUUCUCGACCCCGAAGAACUUAGGUGUCGCUGGCUGGGCUGCACUCACCUUCGGAUCUUCUCAUGUGAAGCAACUCUCCUACGACACAUUAAAACGGUCCAUAUCGCUCCAAAAUCAUACAAAUGCUCCACCUGCGGCUAUUCCAAUGGUCGUAGGGACAAGUUUCGUGAUCACUUUCGGCAAGUUCACAGAAAUGAGGUUAAAGAAGCCGUAUUUGAUUAAAAAUGAACAUUUUGCAUCUAUAUAA